AUGUGUACAGCAUUGUUAGUGGUGAUGAAUCGUGGAUUUACUGUUAUGAACCAGAAAAUAAACGACAGUCGGCUGUUUGGGUGUUCCAAGGUGAAGAAAAGCGAACAAAAGUCAUCCGUUCUCGAAGAGUUUCGAAAAAGGUGGUCGCGACAUUUGUGUCAAAAGCGGGUCAUACUGCAACAAUUCCUCUUAAUGAACAGAGAACUGCUACUGCGGAUUGGUAUACCACCAUUUGUUUGCAAAAAAUCAUCACCGAGCUUCGAAAAAUCAACCCCGAAAGUAGAAUCAUCCUCCACCAAGGCAAUGCAAGCUCGCACACAGCUCAAAAAACAAGGCAGUAUUUAACGGAAGAAAACGUCGAAUUAUUGGAACAUCCUCCAUAUAGUUCCGAUCUAAGUCCUAAGGAUUUCUUUACUUUACCGAAAAUUAAAAACAGACUGCGUGGUCAAAGGUUCCAGUCACCAGAAGAAGCAGUUGACGCAUUCAAAAAUGCCGUUUUGGAGCUGCCAGAAAACGAGUGGAAUUAGUGCU